AAAUAGUCAGGAGUACAAAAGUUAUAUUUCCAAAUAAUGCUACAAAAUUUAGUUGAGUAAUAAUGCUGUUGCCCGUAAAGAACUAUCAGACCGCCGAAGACGACGCCAAUCCGAAUGUAACCCUCCUGAAACGCCAGAUAGCCGAGGAUGGAACUAAAACACAGGCGCUGCUGCUUCAGGCGUUCCGCUUCGAAUUGCUUAAUGACGCCAAUGCGUACCCGAUCCUCCAGGAUCAGCUCCAGCGACAGUCAGUCGCCAGGAGUCGUUAGACCGGGUCAAGAACCCAUAACCUCCCCUGCAAUACAAAGUACCCUUGAGAAACCCAAAAAAUCCAAGGGAUUCUUUUCAUUUCUGUUUGGAAAACGGUCGCGUAAGUCCAAGAAAGUUAAUCAUUUAAAUGGGCACAACUUUCCGUUUGCGGAACACGACGUCAGAAAGCUAAUUCGUCUGUACUGCAAACAUGACAACCUGUAUAACCCUAAAAACCUGUACUAUGGCAACAAAGAGAUCGAUGAGGAUUGCUAUAAUGACAUGAUGCGAUCUUUUCCGGGACAAAGCAGCUCGCAACUGAGAUCCUGCAUCGAAGAGCUGAGAAUUCUGUUCGAAAGGGAAUAUACCAUAAUUGAGGGAGCCCGCAGGAAAUACGGAGAAAUAUUGACGCCUUCUAUUCGCUACUACAAUGAAUUUCUUUUCCUGGUGCCCCAUCUCUCGAUAGAUUUUGAAAAAGAACUUCCUGACAGUGGAUCGAGUGCGAUGUCCGCCGGUAAACUUCCUUCCACGGACCUAAAAAAUCAGAUAGCCACCACGGAAAUGUUGUGCCAUAAACUGACGAAUUUCACUGGUUUUCCCUUAGCUGCUUUUCCUGGAAGUGUAAUACUAAAGAGGCUAAAGAAAUCAAAUAGCAAGGAAAGGGAAAACAGGGAUAUUCAGGAUCUGGAUCAGCAAAAUCAGGAGAAAGAAAAAUCCAGUGAGCAAAAGGAUGAAAUGAAAGUGGAAAAUCAGGACAAGGAGCAGAAGGAUAAGGAGGAUCAGCAGCAAAAGGUCACAUUUUCUCCUUCAUCGGAGGAAAAGUCCAUAGAUUACAGUGAAGAAGGAACCAGCCGAAAUAGGAUAACCUCCGAUAUGUCCACCCAAUCGUCUUACUACGUGAAUGAACAGGAUCUGAAAACCACAGACUUGACUUGCUCCUGUCGAUCGGAUGCCUCUCAAAAACCAGUUGCCUGCCCCUGGCGACCGGAAAAUACUCCUUGUGUGGAUAAAUGUCAAGGGGUAGUAUCGAAUUCUACCCAAAAAUCAGUUGCCUGCCCCUGGCAACAUGAAAAUGCCCCCUGCUUACCCGCAUGUAGAGUAGAUCCCAUGGAACUCUGCCCGAAAUCAAAUGAAUUAAAGGAAAAUAAGAGCUCCGAUAAAUCUGGAAAUAACCAGCAAGUGCAGAUGCUCUGCGACAUGAUACGAACCGAACUAAGCAGUGCUCCGGAUUUCAUAUAUUUCGAUGCCAAGUGGCGGAUCAUAGAGAUCUUAAGGGAGGUUCACAAGCGCCAGUUGGUUUAUCAGAAGGCCGUUCCUCAACUUAAUCCCCGUCGACCAGUGCCGCCAAAAAAGCGACUCUCUGGAGAGCACAAUAUACAAGUUAAAAAUCAAAAGCCCCAGGAAAAACCAGGAGCCCCGGGGAUUUCCAUGGAGCUGGACGAGCUGAUCAGCUCCAAGCUACUCAAAAAUUGGCCGAGUUUUCUCAUCUGUUUGGGACUCUUUUGGAUCCUUAAAAAUGUGAUAUAUAAGAGGAGUCGAGGCCCCCAGAGAUUUACUUUGGAGGAGCCAGACGAGGAGGUUGAAGAUUUAGAAGACCUCGAGGAUGAACUGCAGCCAGCUCUGGAGGAGAAGCCCCAUGUAGCCUUUGUUCCCGGCCAGAAUCUCAAUCCAAAUGGAGCGGAGCGUUUCUAUCAGCUAAUCCAAGGACGUCGCAGCAUUCGCUCGUUUAGAAGUGAUCCCAAACCGGAUCUCAGUGUUAUAGAGGACUGCAUUCGGGCAGCGGGAACUGCUCCCAGUGGCGCCCAUACAGAACCUUGGACCUACUGCGUUGUGGAGGAUGCGGAACUCAAGCAAUCCAUUCGAGAAAUUGUGGAGCAGGAGGAGUUCAUCAACUACAGCCAGCGGAUGCAUCAGCAGUGGGUCACCGAUCUACGACCCCUGCAAACCAAUCAUGUCAAGGAGUAUCUCACAGAUGCCCCCUAUCUUAUACUGAUCUUUAAGCAGACCCAUGGACUAUCGAAGACUGGAAAGCGGAAGAGGCAUUACUACAAUGAGAUAUCUACUUCAAUUUCGGCUGGGUUCCUUUUGUGUGCCCUUCAGGCAGCAGGACUCUCGACCCUCGUCACCACUCCUUUGAACUGCGGUCCUGCCUUGAGAUCCCUCCUCAAGCGCCCUACAAAUGAAAAAUUACUUAUUCUACUGCCCGUAGGGUAUCCAAAAAUCGACUGCACAGUUCCGGAUUUGGAGAGGAAGAAUUUGUCGGAUAUUAUGGUUACAUUUUAAGGUAUUAUUACGUCUCAGCAGUUUACAAAAUAGUUAAAUAAAGAUAAACAGAAUUA